AUGGAGGAGACAUUCAGCGACGGUUCAGACCUCUGCCAGCAGCUCAUGGACCGAUAUGGCAAAUCCCCAGCCCCGCACCACCGUCACCUGCUAGCCGCCGCCGCUGCUCUGCGCUCCAACCUCUCCUCCGAGUCCCUCCCUCUCACACCGGCAGCCUAUUUCGCAGCCGCUAUAUCUACUGCAUCGUCGUCUGAGUCCCUAGACCCCGUAUCACUGUCCUCGCUUGUGUCCUUUAUGGCCAUCGCGCUUCCACUGGUGCCAACUGGAGCCAUCUCCGCGGAGAAGGCUCAGGAGGCGGCAGAAAUCGUGGCUGCGCUUCUGGUGAGGGAGGGGGAGGGUUUGGGUGUUUCUAGCUUGAGGGCUGCAGUGAAGUGCGUGGGUGUUUUGCUUGGGUUUUGUGAUUUGAAGUAUUGGCAUUUUAUUAAAUUAGGUUUUGAAACUUUGCUCAAGUUCUCCACCGAGAAGCGCCCAAAGGUUCGAAGAUGUGCUCUAGAGUCUCUUGAGAAGUUUUUGCGGUCUCUCGAAUCCUCCACUGUUAUUAAGGAAGCUAGCAAUUUGGUUCUGUCUGAACUAAAAAGGUGCAUUGAUUUAACAAUGAAAUUAACUGCUUUGAGGACUGCAGAUGAAUGUAAAGAUAAAGGCACUUCAAAACACGAGCACUCCGAUGUCCUACAUGUACUAAACAUAGUAAAUCUAGUUGCUCCUAAUCUUUCUUCAGAAGUUGUUCCAGAAGUUCUCUCUGAAGUGCAUAGAUUAUUUGAAUCUCAGAUCCCGACACUUACAAGGCAUGUCCUUAAAACUGUAGAAGCUAUUUUUGAAACUUCGAGAGUCCGAAUUAUAGUUCUAGAGAUAGAGGACUUUGUAGUUUCUCUUGCUUCUUUUGUAUCUUUGGGUGAUAAGAACCCAUUGGAUACUGUGAUGUUUGCAGCAAACGUAUUAAAACUUGCAAUGGAUUUACUUUAUAUUCGACAAUCAAGCUUGUGGAUCAAGAACCUUCCUCUAGUUUGUCAAUCUAUGAUGGGGCUUCUAACUUCGGAGGGAAACACUGCAUCGCAGGCUUCAAGUAUCUUAAAAGAUGUGCUCAAGCACCUUCUUGGUUCCAAUAUCUUAUUAAAUAGUACAAAUGAAACAUUACACAAUGAUAGUUCGCUAAGUUUAGAAGGUGACGCAAUAAAAUCAACAUGUGAAGUUUUUGAGAGCAUCCUCUCUGCUACUGAUGGGAUGCCAAAUGAGCUUCUUUUGUCAGUCAUAUCUCUUUUGUUUCUUGUGCUUGGAGAAUUCUCAUUUGAAUUUAUGAGGAAUAUUGUGCUUAAACUUGCUCACUUGAUGAUUCAAAAUCCUGAUGGCAAGGCUAAUAAUGAACAUCUUCAGAAAUGUAUUGGGUCUGCUAUUUUUGCUAUGGGACCAGAGAAAUUUCUCACACUUGUACCUCUCUCUCUUGAUGAAGACAACUAUACUUAUUCAAAUAUUUGGCUAGUACCAAUCUUAAAGAAGUGCAUUACUGGAGCAUCACUUGCUUACUACAUGGAACAUAUCAUGCCUCUUGCAAAGUCCUUUAAGAAGGCUAGCCGUAAGGUCAAAAAGUCAGAGAUUAGUCAAGAUCUGCUGGUUCGUGCCCAUGAAUUGUGGGGUUUGCUUCCUAGCUUCUGUCGUCAUGCAACUGAUACACAUCAAAGUUUUGCUCGUCUAUGUGAUGCACUGUAUACUUUUCUUAAAAAGGACAUCUCGAUGCAUGAAAAUGUUUCAACGGCAUUACAGAUGCUUGUGAACGAGAAUAAAGCUGCACUUGGUCCUAAAAAGAACGGACCAGCUUGUGACGCAGAACAUGAUUCUUCAUUAGAGAUCAGAACACGGCGUGCUUAUUCAAAGAAAGUUGCUACCAGAAACAUAAAGGCCUUAGCAUCACAUUCGAAUCAGUUGCUUCAUAUUUUAUCUGAUUUAUUUAUCAGUUCACUUCCUGAAACACGCAUUUCAUUAAAGGGUGCAAUCAGGUGCCUAGCUUCGAUAACCGAUUCUUCUGUAACCAGAGAAGUUUUUAUGUCUCUGCUCAGGAGGUUUGAGAUUGUAGAUUGUGAAGGUGAAAGUGAAAUAUUGACAACUAACAGUAAAGCUUUGGACAUUGAGCCAAAUGAUGAGAAGAGAUGUUCUCAAAGGUGCGCAAUAUUGGAAAUAGCAUUCUGUCUUGUUGAAGGAGCCAAUGAUAAUCUUGUUGAGAUGAUUUAUAAUUUAACUGUACAUUCGUUUCAGGCAACAAAUGAGAGUAUUCGAUGUGAAGCAUACAACAUUUUGAGCAAAAUUUUGGAGGAGCAACCAAGCUAUGCUUCACCUAAAUACAUAGAGCUAAUUGAUUUAUUACUUAGUGUAAAGCCUCCAACCGCAGUUGCUUCUCUUAGAAGCCGGUUUGCUUGUUUCAACAUGUUGAUGGUACACAUUGUGAAGAUUAGCUUAAAAGAGGAGGUCAACUCAAAGGCUUUUCUCAUUCUCAAUGAAAUCAUCCUCACAUUAAAAGAUGGAAAUGAUGAAGCUAGGAAAGAAGCUUGCGAUUUACUCUUAAAUAUAAGUUCUAGUUUGAGAGACUUAUCAUGUGUUGGCCCGGUUGCACCAUAUCACAAACUUGUUAGCAUGAUAAUGGGAUAUCUUUCCGGUUUGUCUCCCCAUAUAAAAAGUGGAGCAGUCUCUGCGCUGUCAGUAUUGGUAUAUAAGGAUGCGAACCUUUGUCUCUCAGUUUCUGAUCUCGUCCCUUCUCUUUUAUCUUUGAUGCACAGCAAAGAUACGGAAAUCAUAAAAGCUGUCCUGGGCUUUUUUAAAGUGAUGGUCUCUUGCUUAGAAGCAAAAGGGUUGCAGAAUAUUCUGUCAGGUGUUGUUGCUGAAAUCAUCCGCUGGUCAUCUGUUCCAAGACAUCAUUUUAGAACAAAGGUCACAGUCAUAUUAGAAAUAUUAAUUCGGAAGUGUGGUUCCGCUGCUGUGAGAAUGGUUACCCCUGAGAAAUACAUGGAUUUUCUAAGGAUGGUUUUAGAGAAUCGACAUGGCAAAUCAAAUGAAGCAGCCGCUAAGGAGACAGAAAAUACACCUGAAGUUUCAACUGCCAAAGGGCCGGAGCGGAGGAAACAUAAUAACAGAGAUACCCAAGAGAAAGACUCAUUUCAACAAAAAAUGAGAAAAAAUAAAUUUGAAAGCGACAUGUCAAGCAAUAAGGGGCCAUCUAAGUCUACUAGCAAUGAUGAAUUCAGAUUAGCCAAGAGGAGUAGGCAUUCUAAUGAUACAAAUUCAAACGUAAGGUCAGAAGGAAGUAAAAAGGGGAAUAAAAGCCAGUUCAAAAGUUUCACUCAGGGUGGUGGUAAUAGAAACGUAAGGCCCCAAGGGACGGAGAAAGAUAAAGCAGCUUCCAAAUCAAACAAGUUAAAAAGGAAAUUCAAAAGAAAUUGA